UACUGAGUCAGACUGUUGGUCCAUCUCCCUCAAUAUUGUCCGCGCAGGCUUGGAAGCAGCUCUGCAGGGUUUCAGACAGGGGACUCUUUCCCAGCCCUACCGGGAGAGGUUGAGGGAUAAACCUGGGGCCUCUGCAAGCCAAGCAGGUACUCUCCCAUGGAGCUACUGUUCUCAUAAUAUAGCAUACCACAGCUUCAUGGAGUGGUGUCCAAUCUCACCCCCCACCUUCUAAGGUAGCCUGUUCCACUAAUGCUUAGCUGAAAUCAGUCCCUACCGUUUCAGUGUUGAGAUUCCAGCUCUGCCCCUUGGAACAACUGAGGAAGUGCUUGCUUUGCCUUCUGAAGGUAUCUGAAGGUAGCUAAUUUUGUGUGUGUGUGUGACCCUCUCUGGUGGUUGGAAAGAAGGUCAGAGAGGCCUAGCGGUUAGCAAUUCCAGGGAUGAGGAGAACUGGGUUCACCCCGCCCCCAAUCUGUCACAAAGCUCACUGGGUCAACUCGGGGCUGGUUGAUGUCUCCUAUAGGCUAACCUACCCCACAGGAGUGUUGUGAGGAUAAAAUGAGGAGCAGGAAGAGCCAUGUGCUGCCUGGAGGACAGGUGAGAUAUAAAUGAUAUAAAACUGGAGAUAAUAAUAAUAUUUCCACUUUGGAGAUACCAUGGUUUGGGGGAAGAGAGGAAGUAGAAUUUGUAGGGCUAAGAUUUUGGGAGCGGCAAUGAGGAGCUUGUUAGUAGGGCAGGGAGGUUAAUUGGAGCAGCAGCAAGAAGUUGAAGGGAGGUGGCUGUUGCUUCUUUAGAGAGGUGAUUUUUUUUAGGUUGGCAGGUGGCAGUGGAGAAUCUUUGGGGCAGAGUUGCAGCUAUAGGAGAGGGAUGGAGAGUCUCAUGCAUACGGCUCUCUGGGAACUCUCCCAAAGCCCUGCCCCCUCUUCCCAGGCCCCGCCCCUCACUGGCCCUGCCUUGCACCCUCCUCCAGUGUUUUCCCCUGUCUGGAAUGCUUCCUUGAACUCUGAUCUAGUGCAACUCCCUGCAGUGCUGGAAUCACAGCUUAAGAAUCCCUGACGGAUGACUAUCUAAACUCUGUUUAAAAACCUGUAGUUAAGGAGAGCCAUAGAAUCAACCUCCUGCAAUGCAGAAAUCUUCUGCCCAAUGUGGGGUUUGGACCCUUGAUAAAGAGGAUCAUGCUCUACCAACUGAGCUAUUCACCUUAGUAUAAUCAUAGAAUUGUAGAGUUGGAAGGGACUGGAAGGGACCCCAAGGGUCAUUUAGUUCAAUACUUAUACAGUGGUACCUCUACUUACGAAUUUAAUGCGUUCCAAACGCACAUUCGUAAGUUGAAAAAAUUUGUAAGUCGAAUCCCAUAGGAAUGCAUUGGGAGAAAAAAUUCAUAAGUAGAAGCAACCCUAUCUAAAAAUUCGUAAGUAGAAAAAAUCCUAUCUAAACCGCAUCCAAGAUGGCGGACGGAGCUCCAUUUGUAAGUAGAGUUAUUCGUAAGUAUAGUUAUUUGUAAGUAGAGGUACCACUAUAAUACAGGAAUCACAGCUAAGGAAUCCUUGACAGCCAUCCAGUCUCUGUUUAAAAAUUUGAAGGGGUUUGGUUGGGAAUAUUUGUUGGGGUCACUUAAAACGGGGGCUGGGUUGUGGAUGGUUUUGAGAAUGUUUUGUCCGGUUGGCAGAGCAGGGAGAACUGUAGAAGUACAGAUGACCACGAAUGUAAUUGCACCCCGAUCCCUCUUCUGGGUGUGUCCAGUGUUUUGCUGUGGUGUUGGCCAACUCUUCUUAAAAACAGGCCAUGGAUAGGAUUUGGUAUGUUAUGGGAAAUCCUUACCCUGGCUAUUAAUGCAAGAUGAAAUCACAUGGUCCUACAAACAGCAUCAGUGUAAAUGUCCUUUCCAGCAGCCAUUUUUUCUUCUGUACUAUCCUUGUUACCUAUCCCAUUAACUCUCAAGGCCGGCCCUAUCAUUAGACUAACUGAGGCAAUUGCCUCAGGCGGCAGAUAGUGGAGAGGGGGCUGCUCCCAUUCCUCCUGAACCUCUGCCCAUUCUUCUUUGUUGGAAAUCAAAGCUGGGUGUGCCACAGGCCUGUUGUACACCUCCCCCAUGCCAGGUUGCUCCCCUUGGGUGCCUGGAUGAGACUUCCCCUUUGCUGGCAUUUGGUUGAGGGCCCUCCAUCUUGUCCUCAGACGCUUGUGGCAAAAUGUCCUGUUUUAUGGGCAGUGCUUAAGUACAGGAGCCAAGACUGCUGAAAUAAAGUCCGGGUGUGAACGCAUCUUAAGUUGAGUUGGUGCCAACACCUUUCGUUGCACACUUCUUCAGAGGAAACGGCACUUUCCGUUUUGGGAGCAGAUUGAGAACUAAAAUGCGUGCUCUGCUUUCAGUUUUUAGUAGUAAUGCGCAGUGGCAGCUCAGAGAAGUGUGUGCCCUAUGAGUCAGCACAGAGUGGUAAAUAUUGUUUGCUGUGAGUGCUGGAACUCAGUGUGUGGCAAUGUAGACUGGAAAUGUGGGCUGCUGUCUGGGGCUGAUAAGAGUUGUAGUCUCAAAACACAUGGAAGACCUAAGUAUGUUGGGAAUAAAGGAUAUCCGUGUGAGUUGGUUCUAACCAUUUAUCAUGUGGGCGACAUGCUGCAACUGGUUUUGCCUGAACGGGCAGCCCGAGGAGAUCCAGCACCGCCCGCAGCAGGGGACCCGCGCGCAAGCCUACGCCAACGCUGGUUACAGCUCCUUCCCUUCACCCACCGGCCCUGAGCAGGGCUGCAAAGGCUGCGGGGCCCGUUUCAGCAACGCCUCCCUUAAGCACAUCUGCCUGGACUGCAAAAAGACCUUCUGCCUGGCCUGCUCGCACCAGCCGGAGAGCGGCCCCUGCCUCUGCCACCUCUGUGAGCGGUUCCGGGCCACAGCCUUCCAGCGGGAGGAGCUGAUCAAAAUGAAAGUGAAAGACCUGCGGGACUACCUGGAGCUGCGGGAGAUCUCCACCGAAAUGUGCCGCGAGAAGGACGAGCUGGUGUGUCUGAUCAUGGGCCAACAGCCCACUAUGGUUCCCCAGGGGGACAGGACUGCCCGGGUUCCUCCGGUGACGAUCGUCUCCCCUGCCCAGGAGCUAGAGGCCCCUGCACCUACCUCACCAGACUGCCCUCCUGAGUGGGCCUCGACAGACCCUGCCUUGCAGACUGAAGAGCAGCCGCAGGCAAAUGGGCAUGUCUUACCGAGCCAGGGCGACAUGGCAGAAGUCGAGAACGCAGUGGAAGCACUGACCGAGGAGGAGACGCAGUCCACUGACUCGGAGGAUAACCUAGUUCCGGGGCGGAGGGCAUCCCUCUCUGACCUGACAAGUGUGAGAGACAUCGAUGCCCUCUCCGUAAGGCAGCUGAAGGAGAUCCUCGCUCGGAACUUUGUCAACUACAAGGGCUGUUGUGAGAAAUGGGAGCUGAUGGAGAGAGUGACCCGCCUGUACAAAGAGAAGGACCUUCAGCAGCUGGUUUCUGAUACGGAUGAUCAAGCUGCUCCAUCCGGAAACGCCACUCUCCCUGGCUCGGAGGACAAUCUCUGCAAGAUCUGCAUGGACUCGGUCAUUGACUGCGUCCUCCUGGAGUGCGGCCACAUGGUCACCUGCACCAAGUGUGGGAAGCGCAUGAACGAGUGCCCUAUCUGCCGGCAGUACGUGAUCAGAGCUGUCCAUGUCUUCAGGUCUUAAGGGCUUUGUCCGAAGCAGGGCAGAAUAUCGUCUUAGAAGACUCACCCCACUGUGACGGAGAGCCGAUGGGUCCCAGCUAUCCAGCCCCUCCUCCCCUCCAUUCCUAAGGCGACAGGCGAGGCAAGGGAUGGAGGAACUGCAAAAAGACUCAAGAGCUGUGAUAGGCUGGGCUCCCCCCCUCCCCACACACGUACGAUACUAUACAUUAUACCGCAGUGCCUGGAGAGCUGGAAAUCCUCAACAGAUCUCGAAAGCGAUGUGCCGUUCCUCCCUCCCUCUCUGUCUUCUUGGGACAGGGCAUCAACAAAAGGCAUGGCUUUCCCCCAGACGUUGAGGCUCUUCCCCUCUGGAAUGAAUAAAACAAGGUGGUCUAAAGAGGAAGAGAUAACUCGCUGCUCUCCGUUCUCCUCUCUUUUCUCUAAAGAGGCCAUUUAUAGGGACAUCAGCGUUUUAAUUUCUGGGACAUGUUCUUCUUUUCAAAGCGUUUUUACAUUUUUUGGUGAAAGAAAACAGAAGGACCUCUUCAGUUUGUUUGCUAGCCUUGCAGGUCAGGCUAAAUGCUGCCUUGGAUGCAUAAUCCAAGCAAACAUGUGGCUUCCUGGUGGCCAUGAUGAGGAACGUCCCUCCCGUUCAUGCAAGGUGGGACUGGGAGCGGAUUUGCAACUGUGAAGGAGACAUUUCAGUCCAGUUUAUUGGCACAAGAGUGUCGUCAGGGCUACUUCCUUGCGUUUCAUAUAUUUUUUGUUUACCAACCCCUUCCUGUGAGCAAGCGCAGUGGUCUUUGCAGAGCCCUGGGUUUACUUGUAGAAUUAGUUUUGUCUUCUGUUCUGUGUAGGAAAGGAGGGCCAUACCCUUUGGAAUGGACCUUGGCCCAGAGGAGUUUCAUUUUGGGGAGCGGUAAAACCAGCCACCUCAUUCUGAUGUGUCUCUGAACUCCCCAAAGGCCCUUGUCGGCUGAAAAAUCAUGGUAUUAGUGUGGGUAGACAGAUUUGAGAUUAUUUUGUUGGGUCUCUGGCGACUCUGCUGUGAAACUGGAAUGGACAAAUUUCUCAUCAGGAGGCUGAAGACUGCACGCUAGUUGGCUUUUUAUUUUUUUAAAUGCUCGUUUUGCCUUAUGGAUGCCAAACCAUGGCAUCUCAGUUGCCUUGUUUUGAGGAGGCAAGCCCAUUAGCCAUCUGCUGGAGUGCUGGCUCAAUUUGGAAGAGAGGACUUUGCCAAUGGCAGGGGAGAUUCCUGCAGGUAAGGGCCCCUGCCCUUUUACCCUGAAAUCAGCUCUCGAGUGCCGGCUUCAUACAUCGCCCAGACGGCAGCCUCUGGUUUGUCAAUUCCCCUGAACAUGGACUGACUUUUUUUAAAAAACAAGUAGCUGUCUGAAGAAGAGAACAAUAUCCCUGUCUUAAGGAGAGCCCAUCUUCUUACUGUUAACGGUGGAGCCUCUCAUCAGUAACUCUCAGACAUGGGUUUGGAAAUAUCCAGGGAGAGCCGCUCUGUUUACACACAUUCUCUGCCUUUCUCUCCCCUGUGGUUCAAAAGCCUUAAACAACAAUGGUACUUUUUCUUCUGCUUGUUCUUUCCCUCAGCAGUGUCUUAACUCUCAAGUGGACCCAGUGGCCUUUCUGGACCAAACUCCAGGUAUUUUAAGUGCCUCGCAGAGAUGAAGGGUUGCGGGGUGGGGGUUGAGUAAUAUAAACUUGCCUUAAACUUCUUGAGUCUUGCGCGGUUACAGAAAGGGGCUUGCGGGAAAAGUAUUGGGUGUAAAGUGUGUAUGCAGAGUGGUUGAGUGGGGCUGUAGACAGCGUAUUGCUGCUGGUCUUUGCUUCCCUGCGGGUAGACAUGUCCAUUGUGGAAAAAGGCAGGCUACAUCCUUCCUUGUGGUAGCAAGGCUCUCUCUCUCCCCCCUCUCUGAAUGCUUUAAUCUUCAUGGCAGCAUAGCUUUCUGAGGCACCAGACAGUCUUUCCAGAAAAAAAUAAUCAUGUGCAUGCACCAUGUUUGAUAUCCACUAUGAUGCCCCAUUCGUUCCAAAGAUCUGGCUUCUAAACUGGACCAUUUGUACCUGAAUUGUGGGCCUGCAAAGUGAUGGGACCCUCACCCUUUGCUAUUUGCUCCUGGGUAGCACCUGCUGCUGCUGCUAGACAGGUGUGCUGUCUGCAUAUGCCUCUAUAACUUUUGCUGCCAGCUUAGCCAGUACGGACAGUGAAGGGGAAAAAAGUUCUGCUUGGGAGCGAUUAAACCAAAGAACAACUUUAAUUGGCUGCUGCUUUAUUUACUCAAGGACUGGAAGAUUUUUUUAUAACUCACACACCUGUGCCUAGGGGGAGAAGAGCUAAUCUUGUUUGUUUACUUGCCUCAGCAAUGGAGCUGUACCAAAACAGCACACUAACAGACUACAGAUGUGAAGAAAAGCCUGAGCAUUCCGUUAUUUCCAAUUUUCACAGCUAGCGGUGGAAACCCUAUGUGAGCCAUUUCCCCUUUUGAUCUUCCAAAUUUCCUUUGCCUUUGUAGGAAAAGCCUUUGCCAAUUUUUCUGAUCUUAACUUCACUCUCCAAGCUCUGGAUGGGCUGACAAGCUGUGGGGAUGGAGUUUAUAUGGGGUUAAUGUUGCAGGAAAGCCAAUCCGAGAAUGAUACUACUUUGUCUGCACAAUUCUUCCUGCUCCCACCCUCAAGCUUUGGUGAAGUUCUUACCGGUAUGUUGUUGCAGUUUUGAGGAACGAUUUAAAAAAAGAUCAAGGGGAUGGAUUUUGAUCAUUCAUAAGGGAGAGCUUAUCAGUAAGGAAUAAAUUUGGGAUAGAUGGGGAGGCAGCUCAUUAAAUGAGGAAAAUACAUUGGUCUACACACAUGGGUAAAUUAAGUGCAUUAUUAGAUUUAACAGGGAACGAUUUGUGUCUAGCAGUUAACUCUGGAAAGCAGAGCUAGAUACAGGAAGAAGAAAAAAAGUGUGUGGUGGGAGAUGGGAAUUUCCCCACCCAUUCAACUUGCUUAUGUUUGUCUCGGUAACAAGUGCACAAGUUGGUCUUAACUGAUUGCUUCUCCUUUGUUUGCUGCAAAGCUGGCUAUGCUUCCUGGGCUGUGAUCUGGUGAAAGUGAUGCUGGUUUGUGACUUGGCAGGAAGCUGCUGCCUUAAAGCUGUGGAAAAUAAAAUUCGUCUGAGAAGUUUUUAAUUUUUUUUAAUACAGCAAAUGUAUGCUUUGUUUGACCAGCGUGAAAGUUAAGUCUAUUAAUUGAGGCCUGUUGAACCACACACAGUUUCUUACAGAUGGUGGAACUGAAUCCUGCCUUAUAAUUUUAUAAUAAAAUGGAAAUGCCUUAUAAAAAAGUGACUUCUGUCAUCUUUUCAACAGCAGAUACACUCCUUUGCCUCCCUGCUCCAAGUAGGUUUUCGGUAGCAAUGUGCUCUGAUGCUCUUGGAAAACGUGCAUCAUUUGAGGCUGGUAUUCAACCAGUGGAAAUGUGUUAAAGCUCCCAUCAGCAGUCUGGUCACUUCACAACACAUACGAACUACAGUGGUCAGGCUAAUGGUCAAGUGUGAAGCCAUGGAAAUUGGAAAGACAGCCUCUUCCCAUGCCAGGCAACAUGUUCCCACUGGGACAUGGGGAGGAGGUAGGAGAAGAUUCUCUUGUAAGAAAGGGGAGUAAAAGGCAGAAACCUUCAGACUUGGCUGAGGAGUUUGCAUGGCAGUGACAGCUCUGUUGCACUUGUGGGUCUUGACCUUAUAGUUGGAGACUUUCUCUCUUAGACUUAAAAUACCACCUUUUCAUUUUGCCGGGGGGACGGGGGGACGG